AUGGCAUCUCCCGGCUCCGGCUUUUGGUCCUUCGCAUCUGAAGAUGGUUCCGGGGAUCCCGAGCACCCUGGCACAGCGAGGGCCUGGUGUCAGGUGGCUCAGAGGUUCACGGGCGGCAUCGGAAACAAGCUGUGCGCCCUGCUCUACGGGGACGCCGAGAAGCCGGCGGAGAGCGGCGGGAUCCAGCCCCCGAGGGCCGCCUCCCGCAAGGCCGCCUGCGCCUGCAACCAGAAGCCCUGCAGCUGCCCCAAAGCGGGGGUCAACUACGCGUUUCUACACGCAACAGACCUGCUACCAGCGUGUGAUGGAGAAAGACCCACUUUGGCAUUUCUGCAAGAUGUUAUGGACAUUUUGCUUCAGUAUGUGGUGAAAAGUUUCGAUAGAUCGACCAAAGUGAUUGACUUCCAUUACCCCAAUGAGCUUCUUCAAGAAUAUAACUGGGGAUUGGCAGACCAACCACAAAAUUUGGAGGAAAUUUUGAUGCAUUGCCAAACAACUCUAAAAUAUGCAAUUAAAACAGGGCAUCCCAGAUAUUUCAAUCAGCUUUCUACAGGGCUGGAUAUGGUUGGAUUAGCAGCAGACUGGCUGACAUCAACAGCAAACACUAACAUGUUCACCUAUGAAAUUGCUCCAGUAUUUGUGCUUUUGGAAUACGUCACGCUAAAGAAAAUGAGAGAAAUCAUUGGCUGGCCUGGGGGCUCUGGCGAUGGGAUAUUUUCUCCUGGUGGCGCUAUAUCCAACAUGUACGCUAUGCUGAUUGCGCGCUUUAAGAUGUUCCCUGAAGUCAAGGAGAAAGGGAUGGCUGCGGUCCCCAGGCUCAUUGCCUUCACAUCUGAGCACAGCCAUUUUUCUCUCAAGAAAGGAGCUGCAGCCUUGGGCAUUGGAACAGACAGUGUGAUUCUGAUUAAAUGUGACGAAAGGGGGAAAAUGAUCGCAUCUGAUCUUGAAAGAAGGAUCCUUGAAGCCAAACAAAAAGGAUUUGUCCCUUUCCUUGUGAGUGCCACGGCUGGGACCACCGUGUAUGGAGCAUUCGAUCCCCUGUUAGCUGUUGCUGACAUUUGCAAAAAGUAUAAGAUCUGGAUGCACGUGGAUGCAGCUUGGGGUGGGGGAUUACUGAUGUCCCGGAAACACAAGUGGAAACUGAGCGGCGUGGAGAGGGCCAACUCUGUGACAUGGAAUCCACACAAGAUGAUGGGCGUCCCUUUGCAGUGCUCCGCUCUCCUGGUUAGGGAAGAGGGAUUGAUGCAGAGUUGCAACCAGAUGCAUGCCUCCUACCUCUUUCAACAAGAUAAACACUAUGACCUGUCCUACGACACUGGAGAUAAGGCCUUACAGUGCGGACGUCACGUUGAUGUUUUUAAACUCUGGCUAAUGUGGAGAGCAAAGGGGACCACUGGGUUUGAAGCACAUAUUGAUAAGUGUUUGGAGCUGGCAGAGUAUUUAUACAAUAUCAUCAAAAACCGAGAAGGUUAUGAAAUGGUGUUUGAUGGAAAGCCUCAGCACACAAACGUCUGCUUCUGGUAUGUACCUCCGAGUUUGCGUGUUCUAGACAACAGUGAAGAGAGAAUGAGCCGCCUCUCCAAGGUGGCUCCAGUGAUUAAAGCCAGAAUGAUGGAGUAUGGGACCACAAUGGUGAGCUACCAGCCCUUGGGAGACAAGGUCAAUUUCUUCCGCAUGGUCAUCUCAAACCCCGCAGCCACUCACCAAGACAUUGACUUCCUGAUUGAAGAAAUAGAACGCCUUGGACAAGAUUUAUAA